GUUAGAAACUCAAUCUCUGAGCGAUGGGGUGGGGAGUGGACCCACUUCUCUACUAAUGGUGAAGUUCUUUCUGUCCAUUUGGUGCGCUCUUAUCGGAGCCUUCUUUACAUUUCCCGGUCUUCGCGUGUCUAAAAUGCAUUUCGAUGCCAUCAAGUACUCCGCCAACGAUCGCAUCGCUCUGGUUUUAUUGAAUCUGAGUUUCAUUUCUCCGCUUUUCGUAAUACUAUUAUGGGUUAAACCGAUUGCCAGAAAUUACUUAACUGUCAAGACCUGGUCAUCGAGAGGCGCGAUAAUGAGUUCCGAUAGUUUCGAGACGACAAGAAUUAUCGUAAUACUGGUUGUGAUCGGUUUGCGAGCGUUUCUCACCCGUCGAUACCUUCAAUCCUAUCUGAAUAUCGCACCACAAAAGCUGACACUCAUGAAGAAAGAGAAGGGACGCAUCACUAAUGUUGAUCUCCAGAAAUUGAUCGCUCGUGUGUUUCACUACUUGUGUGUCGUUACUCUUCAGUACAUUUCUCCGCUAUUUAUUUGUCUGUUUAUGACAUUAAUAAUGAAGACUUUGGGAAAUUAUUCGUGGAUUACUCUAUGGAGUACUGGUUAUGCGGAAACACCUGCCGUACCAACCAUUAUAGAUGAAGAGUCGGGCCCAAACAUGACAUUAGCGCUAUUGAGGAAUGUUUUCAAUCCGAUAGUAUUGCGAGGACUCACGGGUUUCAUGGUUUGGUGGUUGUGCUCAGUUUGGUUCACUACCUCUGCCAUUGGUUUUGUAUAUCAUUCAUACUUUUUGUGAUAUUUAUUAGAAAUCAUUAAUCAAUUCUCAAUAAAAACCCUUAAUUUAAAAUUAAUUAUAACUUUAGUUUAGAUU